AUGGGAUCAUUUGGUUUACGUUCAGCUUAUGGAUCAUUUGGUAGAUCAACAAGAAUGAUAUUUUUUACAACAAAUUUAUUUUCUAUUUUAUUUUUAUUAAUUACAUUAUUUUUUGGUAUAUGGAUGGUAACAACAUAUUCAGCAUACUCAGAAUUAUUAGCUCCAUCAUUAUAUGUUGAUGUUGCAAGAAUAAUGAUUGUUGUUUCAUUUUUUGGACUUAUUAAUUCAUUAUUUGGAUAUUGGUGUAUUAUUAAAGAAGUUCGUUGUUUAUCAUAUACUUAUUGUGUAACAAGUAUUGUAAUAUCAACAAUGUUAUUUAUUGGUGGAAUGAUGGGGCAUGUUUUUGUAUACAAGUUAUAUAAUCAAGUUCCAUUAAGUUUAAAAAUGUUAACAUCAUUACGAGAAUUAUAUGGUAUGCCUGGUGAAGAAGAUAUUACUAAUUCAUGGGAUGAAUUACAAAAAAAUUUUGAAUGUUGUGGUGUUAAUGAAAAAGAUAAUUGGAAAGUUUGGAAGACAUCUAAAUGGCAUAUGCACUAUAAAACAAAUACUGAAAAACCUGGUAUACCUGAUUCAUGUUGCCGACCUGGAAUGCUUCAACAUUGUAGAGGUCAAUUUUUAUUAGAAGAACAUUUAUAUGAACAAACCUGUCAUGAUCUUUUAAAUAAUAGUUUAGGAAAGGUAACACGUGUUGCUGGUUAUAUAUCAAAUGGAGCUAGUUUAAUAAUUAUUGUUCCUGUAAUAUUUGCUUUUUUAUAUACCAGACUAAUCCGCAAAUAA